AUGAACAGCCGGCAGUACCCAAAAUAAGCACUUGGAAAUGGCAAAAACAAGCACAUUAAAGAAAAAUUGAUGCAAGCAGUCCAGUCCCACACCAUCAGAAAAGCAGCUUUUGGAGGCAUUAAGGAAGUCUUCUGUCCCUCCAAAGAGGGCGGGGGGGGGGAGAGAAAUCGCUGGUGAAGAAGAGCUGCAAGAGGAACAGGAGGACACAGAUGGAGCAGGAGAGCAACUGAGCAGGUUUCCUAAUGUUAUUAUGAAGAAGGAAGAGGAAGAUCCACACCCUCCAUGCUCUGAGGAAAAUAAGAGUUUCCCAGGGGCCUCCUCAGGAGUUCUUGAUGUGAUAAUAAAAAAGGAGGAGGAUGAAGAACUUUGGCCGUUGGAUCCUCUGAUUUCUGUAGGAAGUAAGAUCUUCCCAGCAUCUUGCUCAGGAGUUCCAAGUCCCAACGUCAAUGAAACAUCCUGGCUUGAAGGAGAAAAACCAGGCAUUCCAGAUCACCCAGUGCUGGAACAAAAUUGGGUUGCCUCAGACACCAACAUAGGACUCCCAGAUGUGAUCAUAAAAGUAGAAAAAGAAGAACCAGGAUUCUCAGAAAACCACCACGAGCUGGAAGGAAAACAGUCCACGUCAGUUGCUGUUUCAGGAAAUGGGCUGUGGCGCAGGAAUCUUCACCUGUGCAUUUCUGAGGAAGUAGGCCAAAAUGGGACAUCACUCAGAAGAGUAAAGGGCCUGAUUUCCAAAUGUCGUGAGAGGGGAGAAACGUUGGAUGGUCUGGAAAGGCAGCCCCAAAUUCACCCUGGGGUAUCAGUUGAGAAGAUCCCUCUUUGGGGAGAGGAAGGCACAGCUCGAGAUAAAACUGAUGUACACAAGAGGAUUCAUAAAUGUGGAAAGAUCUUUGUAUGGGAUACAAGUCUCCUCGUACACGUGAGGGAAAAACUCCACACUUGCACAGAGUGUGGGAAAAGCUUUCAUGAAAAAUCGAGCCUUGUUAGACACAAGAGGACACACACAGGGGAGAAGCCACAUACUUGCACAGAGUGUGGGAAAAACUUCAGCCUCAAAUCAAGCCUCGUUAGGCACCAAAGGACCCAUGCAGGUGAGAAUGGCCUUGGGGUACACAAACGGACCCCUGUAAGGAAGGAACCCUAUAGGUGUUAUACCUGUGGGAAAACUUUCAGAAAUAAGGCUCACUUCAUUAUACACGAGAGGACCCACACAGGAGAGAAACCGUUUCGGUGCCAUGACUGUGGGAAGAGCUUCAGAAACUCCUCCCACCUUAUUUUGCAUAAGAGAACUCACACAGGUGAGAAGCCAUACAAGUGCUCUAUUUGUGGUAAAAGCUUCAAUCAGAGCUCAAAUCUCAUCAGACACAUGAGGACCCACACAGGGGAGAAACCAUAUUCAUGCUCAUUCUGUGGGAAGAGCUUCAGCUGGGGACCUGAAUUGCAGAUACACGAGAGAAUCCACACGGGGGAGAAACCAUACAAAUGCUCAGACUGUGAGAAAUCUUUCAGCAAUUACUCCAGUUUUAUAAGGCACAAGAGAAUCCAUACGGGGGAAAAACCCUACCAGUGCUCUGAAUGUAGUAAGAGCUUUCACCAGAGUUCAGACCUCAGGGCUCAUGAAAGAAGUCAUCAUCAAAGUAGGACUUUAUGGGAAAAUUUUGGGAACUCUUUACAUCCUCAUGAGGACAAGGGAAUGCCCACAGACGCAAAGCAAUACAAAUGCUCAGCUUGUGGGAAAAGUUUCAGUCGGAGGUCACACCUCACGAGGCACAUGAGAACGCACAUGGGAGAGAAACCAUACAAGUGCUCACACUGUGGAAAAAGCUUCAACCAGACCUCAAACCUCAUGAGACAUGAACGGACUCACACGGGAGAAAAGCCAUACACUUGUGCCAGCUGCAACAAGAGUUUCAAUCGGAAAUCCCACCUCAUCAGACAUCAGAGGACCCACAUAGGAGAGAAGCCAUAUAACUGCUCUGACUGUGGGAAGAGCUUCAAUCAGAGAUCAAAUCUACUCCAACAUGAGGGAAGUCAUUUGGAGAAGAAACCUCAGCUGUUCCCUCAGUGUGGGGAAAGUGAGAGCUUUGCUGCACAUCAGGAGAAAUGUGUGCAUUGUCAGAAUAAGAAUACUUAAAAUAAGGGUGACAGUGAUGAAUUGCUAUAAAUUAUUUACUUAUUCCAUACCAGGGAGAGAGGGGGCAUUCAUUAAUGUUCUUGAUGUAUCCCUGUCCCUGUAAACACAGAGGUUUUUUCUGUUUUCUUCUUUUAUUAAAAAGAGCCUGU